ACACUGGAUCAAUAAGAGAUGAUCCCUACUGGACCUCUAUAGGAAGAACAGUUCAUUAGUUUAGCUUAGGUUUCCUCCUGUAUUAACACUGGAUCAAUAACAGAUGACUCUUACUGGACCUCUAGGAAGGACAAUUAAGAAUUGAUAGAGUUAUCCAGUAUGAAUAAAGUUUGUUUAGUUUAGGUUUCCUCCUGUAGAAACACUGGAUCAAUAAGAGAUGAUCCUUACUGGACCUCUAGGGACAACAAAGCCUUGAUAAAUUUCAACUCUGUUCUCUUCACAGAAUCGAUUCUCAGCAUUAAGUCAUCAGCCGGAUCCAGAACCUCCCAGUUUCCAUGAAAACAGAUCACAGCAAUCUCGAGAUCGGGCACAUUCCACAACCAGCCAGCAUUCUGUAACACUGGAUCAGAAAGUGUAUGUCGUGAUAACAUGUACUAAACUUACAGAGAGAUGAUUAAAAUCGAGUAAACACUUUUCAAAAUGUUUACCGUUUUGGGAGUUAUUGUCGAUUACAAGCCACGUUUCGUUGCAAACUUGCCAAUUACGUUUCGUGCAAGUUCGAAAAUUGAACGUCAAUUUCGCAACAAAGUUCGCAAGUACAUUUCAAUAUUUGAACUUCUAGUGUAAAUAGAUGUUCAUAGUUCAAGUUGAAAUUAGCAAUACAACGAAAAGUUCUUGGUCCAGUGGUCUACGAAGAAGGUUUGUAUUUCAUUGAAUUGGUUAUCAUUAUUGAGUAUGAACAUUUGUUUACAAACGAAAUUCAAACAUUGAAACGCACUUAAUUGGGAACUUUGUUGCGAAGUUUGCGUCCAUGCAAUUUCCGAACUUGCGGAAACGUAGUUGGCAAACGUAGUUCGCAACGAACUUGGGACCCGCGCGUUGAAAAGUGAUUUGAAAUCGACAAUAAUAUUGUAUUGUAUCUAGUGUAACUACAGUUCUAUAUAUAGUUAAAAAUUCUGCAUUUAUGUUUUUUCAGUGACAGAGUGAGAAAAGAUAUGAGCGAAUGGCAUGAAAGUGGCCAAUGGCCGUUGUCUUGUUACGCUCCGUUUGUAAAUGAGCCGUGUUUUGAUGGUAUGAAAGCUUUCAAGAGGUUUAAAAUAGCCUUGAAAUCUUUUAAAAGGUUCAGUAGUUAUUAGAAAUUAGUUGUAUUUUUCCUUCGAGGUCUCAUGGAUGUGUCUCCGGAAGAGAUGAGAAGCGAAGCAUACAAGGCGAACAGCGGUGGAAAUGCAGCCAAAUAUGUGAGUCAAAGGCAAAGUAUUUUUAUAGCAACUUGGUUUUGGAGAAACGUGAUUAUGAGUUGUUUCAACUCUCGUGGUUAAACGAGAACAAGAGUUGCAUGAGAGCAGACUGGAUAUUUCCGAUCUCGUAGCGAAAACUCUCACAGCUAUCAUAUUAUUUUAUUACAUUUAGCCAAGUUUAAUUUUUCUUUUUUUUAAUUAAGGCGCAAUCUCUUCAGCAAACUAUGUUAAAAUACAGACGUAGAAAAGAAGAAUUAGCAACUAUGUCGUCUUCACAAUUGGUUGGUAUAAACUGCGCAUCUUAUCUUUGAAACCAGAGUUCAGGCCAGGUGGUCUGAUUAUAAUUUCACCUCAGUCACAUGUGAGAAGAGUGUUUCCAGUUUGCCUUAUGGAUCGAUAAGAGAUGACCGUUACUGGAUGUCUAUAGGGAGGACAAUUUAGACUAACUGAUAGAGCUAUCCAGUAUAAAUAGAGUUAGUUUAGUUUAGUUUUCCUCCUGUAGUAACACUGGAUCAAUAAGAGAUGAUCCUUACUGGACCUCUAGGAAGAACAGUUUAGAACUGAUAGAGCUAUCCAGUAUAAAUAAAGUUAAUUUAGUUUAGGUUUCCUUUGUGUGGUAACACUGGAUCAAUAAGAGAUGAUCCUUACUGGACCUCCAGAGAGAACAGUUUAGAACCGCUAGAGCUAUCCAUUAUAAAUAAAGUUAGUUUAGUUUAGGUUUCCUCCUGUAGUAACACUGGAUCAAUACGAAAUGACCCUUACAGGAUCUCUAGGGAGAACAGUUUACAGCUGAUAGAGUCGAGUUCUCGGAAUUAUUUUGAAAAGAUAAGUAUGAACAUGUUUACCUAUUGUAUUUAGCAAGACGAGAUAUCAAGGUCAUCUCAGCCGAGCAGCAUGGUGCCUGGUGGGUUAUUUGGUAACCUAGCCUCCUCUCCUCAGUCCCUUAGCGAGACUUCUUUAUUUGGUGAGAGUAGUGAGAGUAUGGCUACGUCAUCAACUGGCUUGCUUGGAUCUAGUCUACAAAGGUACGUUGAAAUUGGGAGUUUGAACAUACAGUAGUAGGAAGACUACUACAUAGAAUAAAAGAAAUUAACAUUAUUUUCUAACUCUGAUAACUGCAGUUGACCAUUUCAAAGCCAGCUAUAUUAACAUAUAUUAACAAUCUUUCUAAAUUGUUUCAUUUCAGCAUGCAUACAUCAGGACCAUUUGCAUCCUCCAAUCCCACCACAACCCCAUCUACCUUUUUUGGUUCCUCACCGAGUGCUUUUGGAUUCACACAAGUCAAUAAUACCCCCUCAAGUACAUCAAUGUUCAGCGAAGACAAUUCCUCUGGUGCCCAGACCUCGACUGAUGGCGCUCGGUCAACUACAAUGACGUCAUUACGAUGCAGUGAGGAGGACUUGAAGGCAUUUAGGGCGGCACAUUUUGUACUGGGUGCCGUACCUGAAUGCCCGCCUCCAUUAGAACUUUGUUGAGUGAUCUCUAUAUGAUAACUGUAUAUAUAUAUAUUUCUGAAUAAAUAUAUGAAAAGGGCAUUUUUAACGUGGUGGUCCAGUGUCGUAAGUAGUAUUCUGCAAUAAGCUGUCGUGGUUUGUGUCUGAACUGCCUGAAAAAGAUAUCUCAAACGUGGUGGUCCAGUGUAGGUAGUAUUCUAU